CGGGACAAUGGAUUGCUUUCUAUCUCUCGCUCCGACGUUCUUGUCAUACCUGGGUACGAUCCCUGCUUCGGUUGACGAUAUAUGAACGGGCUGGCAUCUCGUGUUGAUCCCAGUAGUUUUGGACCCGCCUUUUUGAGGGUUUCUUUUUUAGAUAUCCCCGCAUUCACUCGGAGUGAUUAGAUUCAAGAAUCACAAUGGGCAGGUUAAUCAAGAACCACUGGGCACGACUCAUCAUUCUGACAGCGGCAGCUUGGCAAGUCGGUGGCUCAAUCGAGGGCUUCAUUUGGCCCAAGGUUUUCUGGGAUUUCAUCUCCAAGAAUCUCAAUGGGGCCGUCACACCGGUUCCGAUCCUUCAGAUACUGAACUUGCUCUUGGGGCUGUUUACGAUCGCAUGGGAAUGGCCUCUCAAGCCGCUCGCAGGCACAUUCCCCCACCGCAGCAUUGCUGUCCGGCUGGCUCUAUACCCAUUGUGCGCCUUGAUUGCGGCUAUGAUGUACCAGACGGGGGAUGUGGCCAUCUACUAUCUGAUUGGGAUCUCUGUUUACUUUUGGGCAUACAGCGAGGGAGAGACAAGCAACUACUUUGCUGAGAAUGAUGUUCCCGUCAACAAACAGCUGAGCUUCGAUGGCAAGCUUCACCAGUUCUACCACACGGCCAAAUGCUCCCAGGUUUCAGCAGAAACAAAGCCAGCAGCCAAAUCACAACCAUCAAGAUACCUCUUCAGACAAAGGCUAGAUUCCCGUGAUCCAACCCCCUCUGGAGACGACAAGUCCAGUCGUUCUGUCUCUUUUCCACGAAAGAAGAAACGAUCCCGCCCUCCGUCCUCUUCCACCCCCCCGCCGGCCUCCCUCCUCCGCGACACCAUCCCACCCAACCUCAUCCUCCUCCUCGUCGGCGUUAACCCGGGCAUCCUAACGGGCGCGACAGGCCACGCCUAUGCCCACCCAUCAAACCUCUUCUGGAAACUACUGCAUUCCUCAGGCAUCACCACCGCCCGCCAUCAACCCAGCGACACAUACCGUCUCCCCAAGCUGUACAGCGUCGGCAAUACGAACAUCGUGGAACGCCCCACGCGUGAUGCCAGCAUGCUCACCCGCUCCGAGAUGGACGCCGGCGUCCCCGUCCUCGAAGCCAAAGUCGCUGCCCAACGGCCCGAAGCAGUCGCCCUCGUUGGAAAAGGUAUCUGGGAGGCUCUCUGGCGGGUCCGCCAUGGUCGACCUAUCCGCAAAGACGAGUUCCGCUACGGCUGGCAGCAUCCACGUGAAAACAUGGGCAGAACGGGAGCCUGGGAUGGGGCCCCCGUGUUUGUCGCUACCACAACCUCGGGCCUAGCAGCGGGGAUGAGCUUGGCCGAGAAACAGGCGGUCUGGUUGGAAUUGGGUAAAUGGGUGGCGCAGAAGAGAGAGGAGCGCAGUCUAUCAGAAACCCUACACGACUAA